GAACUUAUUGUACUCAUUUUUGACAUGAGCUCAAGCUCUAUUUUUUAAUUGUUGAAAAAAACAUGGCUUAAAAUGUUUUUACUAUUUUUUUUUACGUGGCAAAUAGAAUUCUAGAUUCAUUUAUUUUUUACAGUUGAUUGAUAAAAAAUCUAGCCACUACAAAUACUGUUAAUUAUUUCUGAUGUUUGUUUCCGGUGGCAGAGAGAAAAACAGAAAUACUCGUAAUGUUUUACUCUCUUAAUUUUCUUAUCUUUCUAUAUUUUGAUUCACCAACUAGUAAUUCAUGAUAACAGUGAUAGCACACUAUAAAUAAGCAACUCGCGCCUGCAGAGAAUCAGUCUCUAACAAAAUGUUGACUAUAAUUCUGAGUGUGAUUUUGGGUGCUCUUAUUUAUUAUAAAUUAAUAAAACCGGCAAAUUUUUGGGAAGAAAGAAACAUCACCCAUGUGUCAGCAUGGCCUCUCGUAGGAAGUAUGUGGGAUUCUGUGAUUCAAAAGAAAAACUUUGGUGAAAUACCUUCUGAUAUUUACAAGAAAUAUCCAAAUGACCGAUACGUGGGUUACAUGCAAUUCAGAAAUCCAGCUCUCUGUAUCAGAGACUUGGAUUUGAUUAAACAAAUUGGAGUGAAAGUUUUUGAUAAUUUCCGCGACCAUCUUGCUACAGAUGGUAUUAAAACAGACCCCUUGUUCAGUAAAAGUCUAAUUAUUUUACAAGGAGAAGAAUGGAAGCAAAUGAGAGCAACUCUAAGCCCAGUUUUUACCAGCAGUAAAAUGAAAAAUAUGUACCAUUUGAUUUACGAAUGUGCUGAAAAUUUUGCCAAGCAUUUUCAGACCAAAAAGCAAGAUGUAAAUGUGAAGGACAUUUUCGCAAAAUUUGCUACCGACGUGAUUGCUACUGCAGCAUUUGGGAUCCAAACUAAUUCUUUGGAAGAACGUAAUAACGAAUUUUAUUUGAUGGGAAAAUUAUUGAGUUCGUUCAAAAGUUUUACACUAAUAAAGUUUUUUUUGGCGCAAUUAAUUCCUCAAAUUUUUGAGAUUUUUAAAUUAUCCGUUUUUAAUUCAAAGGUUGUAAAUUUCUUCAGAAAUAUUUUUGUUGACAAUAUACAUAAACGAGAAAAAGAAGGGAUUAUUCGUCCAGAUUUGAUUCAUCUUCUAAUGGAAGCUCGAAAAGGCAAACUCAAACAUGAUAACAACAACGAAGGUGGUGAUGGUUUUGCCACCGUUGAAGAAUCCYACAUUGGCAAAAACACCAAACAAAUGAAACUCACAGAGGACUUAAUGGUUGCUCAAGCUCUACUUUUCUUUUUUGCUGGUUUUGAAACUGCAGCUUCCGUCGCUCCAACAUUAGUCUUAAUCAAAAUGUUGACUAUAAUUUUGGGAGUAAUUCUGUGUGCUUUAAUUUACUACAAGAUAAUAAAACCUGCAAGUUUCUGGGAAAAACGUCACAUCGCCCACGUUUCGUCAUGGCCCCUAGUUGGAAGUAUGUGGCCAGCUGUUAUUCAAAAAAAAAACUUUGUGGAAAUUUCUGCAAACAUUUAUAACCAAUUUCCAAACGAUAGGUAUGUGGGUUACCUGCUGUUUACAAGACCGACACUUUUAAUUCGAGACUUGGACCUGAUUAAACAGAUUGGAGUAAAGGAGUUUGACAAUUUUCGCGACCAUUUGCCCUUUGUAAAUGAAGCCAUUGAACCACUUCUCAGCAAAAGUCUUAUUAAUUUACUUGGAGAUGAGUGGAAAAAAAUGAGAGCGACCCUAAGUCCAGCUUUCACCAGCAGUAAAAUGAAAAAUAUGUACCAUUUGAUUUCUGAAUGCGCUGAAAAUUUUACCAAGCAUUUCGGGGAUAAAGUCGUUGAUGUUGAAAUUAAAGAUGUUUUGUCGAGGUUUAGCAACGAUGUGAUUGCGACGGCAGCGUUUGGAAUUCAAGUCAAUUCUUUGAAUGAGCCUGAAAAUGAGUUUUAUUUAAUGGGAAAAUCCCUAACUUCGUUGCUUGACGCAACUCAAAUGGUUAAAGUUUUUCUCGCCCUGUCAUUCCCGACAGUAGCAAAAAUGCUUAAAUUUCGGGCAUUUCCUCCAAAAACCACAAGUUUUUUUCAAAAUAUUAUGUUAGAUAAUAUUAGAAAAAGGCAAAAUGAAGGAAUUGUUCGUCCAGACAUGGUUCACCUUUUGCUGGAAGCUCGAAAAGGGAAGCUCAAAUAUGACUACAACACUGAAAUUACUGAUGGUUUUGCCACAGUUGAGGAAUCUGAAAUUGGCAAAAACAGCAAACAAAUAGAACUAACAGACGAACUGAUUUUAGCUCAAGCCCUUUUAUUUUUUCUAGCCGGUUUUGAGACUGUUUCAACUGGUUUAAGUUUUAUGGCAUAUGAGUUAGCCGUAAAUCCUGACAUCCAAAAGAAACUUCAAGAAGAAAUCGAUUCUGUGCUUCAGGAAAAUCAAGGGAAAAUUUCCUACACUGUAAUACAAUCGAUGAAAUACCUCGACCAAGUUGUAUGUGAAACUUUAAGACUGUGGCCUCCUGCUUCUCAAACCGAUCGUUUUUGCAACAAGGACUUUCCAAUCGAACCAAUAAAGCCACAUGAGAGAAAUUUUACUAUUGAGAAAGGAGUGAUGAUUGAAAUACCCAUUUUUGCAAUUCAUCGAGACCCUCAAUACUUCCCAGAUCCUGAUAAAUUUGAUCCUGAACGAUUCAAUGAUGAGAAUAAAGCAAAAAUUUUGCCAGGAACAUAUAUACCAUUUGGUGUGGGACCAAGAAAUUGCAUAGGUUCGAGGUUUGCCCUACUUGAGAUAAAAACUCUAUUUUUGCACUUUUUGUCAAAGUUUGAUAUUUUACCAAAUGAUAAAACUAUAAUCCCAUUUAAAAUUUGCCCAAAUAGCUCUACUCUACUUCCAAGACAGGGAAUUCAUCUUAGAUUCAGACCCAGAAAGAAUUACUAUUAGUAUUUUAACUAAAGUGUAAUACUAUUUUAAAAAUAAACUAUAUUUUGCAAUGA